AUGUCGCUCGUUCAAGUACAACGCUCACCAUCGCCAUCGAUCGUCGAUGAAUGUGAGGCUGUGGUGGCUGACCAUGCUCGAUAUCUUGCUGUCGUUUCAACUGAUGACGAUGAAAAACUAACUUUGUUGAUUGGGAUGGAUUACUACAAAGAACAUAUGACGUUCGUCUUCCAAUCUCUCCAUAAAGAACUUGACGGUACACGUCGUGAAACGAGAAGACUUAGAGAGCCUGCAACUACCACCGAAUAUUACAUGGACCACAUAUCGUCACCAGAUUUCUUAUGCGCCCAAUGGCAACAGUCGCCAAUGGAUGCGGAUUGCGAAGAUGAGUUUAAAGCUGAUGCGGUUCGAGAUUAUCUUUCUGAAGAAGAGAGAGCAAAGGAAGCAUUGUUGAGAAGGGAGUUGAGACAAAUCAUGCAAAGUGUAGAUUUGGACAGCGUUACAAGUCGUGAUAUCAGAGAAACUUUGGCACAACGUGUUGGAUGUGUGGAUGGGCACAAGGACUUCAUUGAUCGAGAAAUGCUCGUGAUAUUGGGUCAAAUGGAUAAACCAAGUCGUAUUUUCCCCUAUCUUUUACUCGGAACUGAGUGGAAUGCUUCAAAUUGGGAAGAGCUUAAUCAGAAUAAUGUGAGCUAUAUCCUCAAUAUGACUCGAGAGGUGGACAACUUCUUCCCAAUGCAUUUUAAGUAUGUGAAGAUCUCGGUUUCUGAUGAGGCGAGCACUAACUUGCUGAAUAAUUGGAACCUCACUUAUAGCUUUAUUAAGGAGGCGAAAGAACUGGGCAAAGUAUGUUUGGUACACUGCAAAAAGGGUAUUAGCCGUAGCUCUUCGACAGUAAUUGCGUACGCUAUGAAAGAAUAUGGAUGGAGUCUGGAACAUGCGUUGGCGUAUGUGAAGAAAAGGAGGAAUUGCAUCACUCCCAAUAAGGGUUUCAUGGAGCAACUCCAUACGUUCGCCGGCGUCCUAGAGGCGUCACGACAUCGCCACGCACCUCAGUUCAAUGGACAAGGCCGAGCUACUUCGAAUGGGAGCUCACGAGCUCACUCUACGUCGUGCCUUCGAACUCCCCGGCGAGUCUCAUCUGCCAGCGACUCCGUACGAUUCAUCAUACGCGAAUUUGAGCUGCGACGUCGCGGGGCAGAGGAUCCCGUUCGCCAUUCGUUCCCACUCGAUGUGAUUAAUAAACGGAGUUCUAUUCAGCAAAUCAGUUGA